GCCGGGAGGGGCGGCCACCCCGGAGCGGAUGAAAGAGGCCCCAAAGCUGGAGAGGCUGGCUCCCCUGAUCGUCCCCAUCCACGGACUGGUGGAAGAGCCCCACAGCCCCCCUGCUGAGGAGGAAGGAGGGAUCCCAAUCCCCACUUCUGGACUGCUGCAGGUCGCAGAGCGCAGGCAACCUCUGAGCAGCGUCUCCUCCCUUGAGGUGCACUUUGAUCUGCUGGACCUAACAGAACUAACUGACAUGUCUGACCAGGAGCUGGCAGAAGUCUUUGCUGACUCUGAUGAUGAGAAUGUAUCCAACGACUCCACUGCUGGUCUGCACCCACACCCCCAUCCGAACCCUCGGGCUGGCUACCUGCGCUCCCCGUCCUGGAGUAGGACAAAAGCAGAGCAGGGGCGCGAGAAGAAGCACCUCAGCGACUCAGAGCUCCAGGCUGUUGGGUUCCAGGCCGUGGAGAAGCCAAAAGAAGAAUGA